AUGAUUGGACUUAAUCAAGAGACUUAUGUUGAUAAGGUUCUUGACAAGUUCAAGAUGCAAGACUCUAAGAAAGGAUAUCUUCUCAUGUCUCAUGGUAUUACAAUCAGUAAAACUCAGUGCCUUCAAAAGCUAAUAGAGUUGAGUCGUAAGGAUAGUAUACCUUAUGCUUCUGCAAAAGGGUCCAUUAUAUGUGCCAUGAAAUUUUCACUUAGUUAUGCUAUUAUUGAAGCCGAUUAUUGUAUUGCAGAUCGUAGUCUUCCUAGGGGGCCCGCUGGAUUUCCUUGCAAAGAUCCGACUAAAGUCACUAUAGAUGACUUUGUUUUCACUGGAUUUCGUGGUGAAAAAGACACCACAAAUUUAUUCGGAAACAAUGUAACUUUUGCUCUUGUGGAUCAAUUUCCAGGUUUAAAUGGUCUAGGCCUUUCCAUGGCAAGGGUAGACUUGGGGGUGGGCGGAAUUAUCCCUGCGCAUUCUCACCGAACAUCAGAAAUGCAAGUUCUUGUACAUGGUACAAUAAUCUCAGGGAUAAUUGAUGCAAACAAUGUCGCGUAUUAUAAAAGAUUAGAGGCUGGCGAUGUAGUGAUAUUUCCACCGUACUUGCUUCACUUCGUAACAAAUGUUGGUGAAACUCCGGCUCUAGCAUUUGUUGCUUUGAAUGGGGCAAAUCCAGGAUUGCAAAUAACUUCCACCUCCUUGUUUGGUGGUAGUUUACCGGCGAAAAUAGCUUCACAAAUCACCGAUAUAAGUCUUGAGGAAGUGAAACGCUUGCAGAACAUUUUUAGCAAAAUUGACACAAACUCAUAA